AUGUCUGCUGCUUCAAAUAUAGAUACACUCGUCAAGAAAAAUACAAUUUCAAAAGAGACAGAUAUAUUAAGAAAGGAUUUAGAAAAGACAUCAAAACAAACAUUUAUAGACAUUGAAGAGGAAUCUUUAAAUAAUAUCAAAAAAAAGAUAGUAUCGAUUGAUGAAUCUAAAAAUAUAUUACCAACAACAGAGAGUAAUGGUAUGACAAGAAAUGAUCAUGGUGCUCUUGUUGACAAUAAGAAUACAAAUAAGAAAAAGAAUACAGUAAGAUUUGGAGUUGGAGGUGUAACCAAGGAAAUGAAACGUGAAGCAAAAUUGAUCAAUCUUCAAAGAUUUGCCGAUCCAUCACAAGGACACUUUAGCAGUUCAGACAAACAAAGUCUACCAAAACUAUUUGAAAUUGGUACAUUUGUCGAUAAUCAUACAGACUAUUUUAAUAGAUUCACUAGCAAGGAGAAAAAGAGAGGUACCAUUGGUGAUAUCAUGUCAAACGACAAGGUAUUGAAUUACAUUGAUAAAAAGUCUUCUCAAAUUCAAAAGGAUAGUUAUCAAAAGAAUUAUCUUCGUAAUCUACAACAACAACAAAGAAAAAGACCUGCCAAAAGAGUUAAAUCUUCAGAGUUGGAUUAA